AUGCAUAGAAGGAAUGAUGAGCCUGUACUAAUUCAUUUAAUUCCUGGUACAAAACUUGACCCAAUUGAUCGUUCUUUUGUUAGAUUAUCAGGUUUGAUUUUUUUCUUUUUUAAAUUUUGGAAUCUCUGGUUUGUUUUCCCCGUCUUUUUCGGAUUUUUUCGAACAAGAUUGCAGCAAAGGACAGGAACCCGUGCGUGAUUUUACGGGAUCCUGUUCCGAAAUUCUGGGGUUUUAAGCGACAAAUGGGGUUAGUGUUAUCCACGGGAUUUUUUUAAAGAGAGCUAUUUUGUGAUUUCCUGUGAUUCUGGACUUCCAGAAGAUUUUCGUGAAUUUUGUAGCUUUCAUGGGAUUUUUGAGGGGAUUUAUUUUGACAUCUU